AUGGACAUGAGCGAGAUCUUAGAAUCAUCCAGCAGCGACAAGCAGGACAUGGAAGGACAGGAGAGUGACGAGAAGAAGGUGCUAAGGGUGGUCACACCGUCAUGGUGUCCUACCUCCUCGACUACCCCAACAACAUCUUGUUGGUCCCCGCGCAAAACCUACAGUAUCUCAGGUCACACCACCCUCACAUUACACCUCUCGGGUAGGGACUGCUGGUUUAAUAACAGACAAACAACUACUGUACUUCAACAAAGAUUUCUGUUUAUUUGUCUGGAUGGAGUUCUAUCGACACCAAGUUCAUACCAAAUAUUGAUACCAACUAUACUUUUGUAAUAUCUCCUUACAUUUUACCUAACCCAAACAGGCUCCACGAGUUCCAUUCCAAGCCUUGGCCAUGUUGGAGCCCGACAGAGUACCCUCCAACGUCACAACACCUCCACCCGUCAUCACAAAGGUCAGUCCAACAGUAAAUAUAGGUCUAACUUUGAUAUUUCCCUGACCAAGAAAACAACUAGACACCAAUUGACUACACAAGGCAUCAAAGCGUUAUAAUGAUUACUGUAAUAUUGUAUGGAUACAACCUUGUAGCUAACUUGUUGUGUUGUCCUGUGUGGCUGUCUCAGGCAGCUCUAAGCAGAGGCUGAGCCCCCUACAGGAUAACCUUGUGACAGCAGAUGGUCCAUACAGACCUGUUGCCCCCCUUCCACCUGUACCAGACCCUGGAGUACAUCGUGAAAGAGGCGAAGGGCAAGCUGAACGAGCUGGGCCAGAGGAUCUCAGCCAUAGAGAAUGCCCAGCUGCAGAAUAAGAUGUUCCUCAAGGAGCAGUUCACCAAAGAGUACAUGAAGGCCAAAGGCCUGAAGGAUGACCUGGGGCAGCCCCUGUAG